ACCAGGAGGGGGAUGGUAUGCGAGAGACAAAGAGGAAUGAUAGCACACUGCGAUCUCCGUUAGGACGUAGUACUCCGGAGGAAGAGUACGCGCGAGUGAGAAGCGAUAACCGCACGAAUGGGAAGGAGCGAUCGUGAUAGAGCGAGAGGAAGAUAGAGAGAGAGAGAGAGAGUGCGAGGAGGGACGACGGUUGGCAGAACGGAGAAGGAAGCUCGGGAGAGAGAACGCGAGAGAAGUCGAACUACGAGGAAGAGAGACGAAACGAGGUGAACGAGCGAGCAAGAGACGGACGACGGUACAGAGUGGCGGUACACGGGGCGCGAGAAAAGCGGUAGUGUGCCGUGGACCACCGCACUGGCAUACCGUGAUUCGUUACAAUCUCCAUCGUUCUCUAGACUCGGACUCUCACAGUCAUCAGCGAAGUCACAAUACGACAAGUGCUAGUGCAGUGCGGAACUGGCGAAGUCCACCCCCUGACAUCUCUCGUGACAGAUUGGCCGGCUUGAACUCAAAACAGGCCUUGACCUGACUUGACCGAUCGCGCGAAUUGUAUAUUUCAAAAGAAAAAGAGAGAACCGCCCCGCGAGGGUGGUUGUCGCGUGCCGGCUGACCGAACCGUCGUCCGGCGCGCACGCGGUAGAGAAACCCGCAGGCAAUUUUAUAGCCCGUCUUAUUACUCAAGUUUAUUACAUCGUAACGGCUUAACGAUCAUCGCCCGUUUCCACAGUUCAAACCACCGUUUUAUGCUUUGCUCGUCGCGUAGCGGUAACCAUAACAAGACGAUAAAAGUCCCCGCCACUGUCAUGAAACCCAUUCUGAAUUACACUCCUACGGCCUACUAACAUUGACACUCUCGGUAUAUAACCGGCUAUACCUGUCGAUGACUUUUAUAGCCACUUAAAACGAUUAAAUACCCCUCGUUUAUUUACCCCUUGUCAACAUUCUAAUCUGUCACCGCUCGCGUCGAAUACUACAGCGUAUCGCUCUUUUAAGCAUUUAUAUCUAUAUAAAUAUCGUAGCAACUCGGUAACGUGGUACAAGAUCAGAGAUUUUAUUAACUUUCAUUCAAUACGAAGACGUUGGUGUGACACGAGAUUAUAACAAAUCGGACUAGUGAAAUUUGACUAGCCGCGCGCGCUCCAUGUAAGCCCGCUCGAACCUUGAUUUACUUUUCCGCUGUCUCUUUUUUUGAGUGCCGGUGUUUUAGUGCAAGUGAUUCAAAAUACCCGGGAUAAUGAACUCGUACUUUGAACAGACCGCAGGCGGCUUCUACGGAAGCCACCAUCAUCAAACAGGAGCGGCGAGUCAACAUCAUGAUCCAGCUACUGCGGCGUAUCGAAGCUUUCCACUCGGAUUAGGUAUGUCGCAUUACGCCUCAGCGCAGCAUCACCAUCAUGCAUCCUCUUCGUUAGGGAUACACCCUGGCGGUGGAAGCAACACGAGACCACCUCAAGAUUCACCGUAUGACGCGAGCGUUGCGACGGCCUGCAAGCUUUAUUCGACGACACCCGAAGCAACCGGUCACACCACAUCCUCGUAUUCAACAACGGCGACGAAAGACUGUAAACAACAAGAUCAAACGUCAACACAUCAAAAUGGUUAUGCCGCGGUCAUGGCAGCUGCAGCGGUCAAGGACGUUUGGCAGUCAGCGACCUCGGGAGCGAACAGCCAGAGUAAUUCGGUCGUACGUCCUUCCGCGUGUACUCCGGAGAGUACGAGGGUCAGUAGCUACGGUGGCCUUGUAGGCGGCGAUCCGGCAUCGAGUCCCGGUAACAACAGUUCGUCAAGAUCCCUCACAUCGUCCUGGAACACCUGCAGUUUAAACUCGUCCGCGAGUCAACCGGUCGCCACGCAACUACAUCAGCAACCUACUGCCAACCAUACCUUCUAUCCCUGGAUGGCUAUAGCAGGGGCGAACGGAAUGCGCAGGCGCGGCCGACAGACCUACACGCGCUACCAGACUCUGGAGCUCGAAAAGGAAUUCCACACGAACCACUAUCUGACCAGGCGGAGGCGGAUCGAGAUGGCACACGCGCUCUGCCUGACGGAACGGCAAAUCAAGAUCUGGUUCCAGAAUCGGCGAAUGAAGUUGAAGAAGGAGAUUCAGGCGAUCAAGGAGCUAAACGAGCAGGAGAAGCAAGCGCAAGCGCAGAAGGCAGCAGCAGCGGCGGCGGUUGUGCAUCAGCAGCAAGGGGCUGGCGGGGGACCCGAAGGGGCCAACUAGGGGUACGCCCUGCAUCGGAGCCCCCCUGACCACCCCACCGCUAAUCCACACCACCCUCUACUAGCACCGCAAUGUACACAGCUGUAUUAAAGGUGAGUGGCAGGCUGCACCCGCUGUCUCUGCAAUGCCAAAUAGAUGGUCGAUGUGCGUAUCUGUCGAUCGUCAAUUUAUCGGUUGCGGCGAAUCGGAUGCUGCACCCGGUGAGUGACGAACCUUCCCUCCCCCCUAACCCCAUGGCUACCUCCCGUAGCUCACUUUGACCGAUAUGCUCCCAGACCAAUCAGUAUCCAAGUACACACAGUAUCAUCCGUAUAAGCCUAGCGCUGUUGUAGUCGUUCCCCUUUCUGGUCUCUCUACCUGUAGUUUCUGCUUUGGUACAGUAGCAUGUAGAUAGGGGUUGAAUUAUCGAGGGUGGCCAAUCAGCCAACGUCCGCAGGUCCGGGGUGUCGUUUGCGAAAAAUCGACCGAAAACAGAGUCACAUUCUCGACGUACAUUGCGAUACAUUGGUUGUACGCAGAUUAGAAACUGAAAUACGUAAAGAAAAGGCUACAACUACUUAUAGGGUUAAAAUAUAGAAUGUAGAAGCAUCUCUAUAAUUCUCUCGAUGGGCAAGAUUGAGUCGAUUAACGUUCAUAACGGAAGCACGACUCUUUUUUUCCCGACUCAAUGUACAAAAUUAUCAUGUUUCUUUACAAUUCUCCUCAUUUUUCUUUGUUUGAUACGUUCUUUCUCGAAAAUGCGCACUUGAUAUAGUUUUGUGACAAGGGGGAGAGAGAAAGAUAAAGAGAAAGAGAAAAGGGAUAGAGGGAGUAAAAUAGAACGAUUGCUAUUGAUGUUAUGUUUUUGUUAUUUUUUUUAUUAUCUACGUGCGAAGCAAUACGAGAAAGCGUUUAUAUUGUUACCAAUAUUGCUUUUGCUAAUGGUAACUUUCGCUCGUUUGUUAUAAAAAGACUGUUCUAUUUCAUUUCGCGCGUUUUAUUAAUUAGAGUUAUACUAUUUGACAACGUAUAUAACGGCAGCAAGCGAGAUUAAUCAUAACGAUACGAUAUUUUCGAUUGGUACAAAAUAUAUAUGUUGAUAUUCGGUAAUAUUUUAUCAAUAUUGUAUAGAAAUGUUUAUAUAUAGAUAUGAUGUGCGUCUGCUUAAGUACCUGUUAAAGUGGUCAAAAAGUGCGCGGUCUCGAGACGGAUAUCCCUUCGGAAAUAAAUACGGAAAGAAUUUUCUGAAAAAAAGUUUUCCCCCUUUUUUUAAUCAACGUCGGUUCGAGAGAGAAGCAAAACGAAGAUGGACAUUACAAACGAAUAUUAUAAUAUACGUAUCUAAAGUACGUAGACGCCUGCUCUGUGUAAAGAGAUCUGUGGCGCUAUCUCCUAUACAGUAACUUUAUUCUAGUUAAAAUGAAUGUAUACGAAUAGCCGCUAGAAAACAGAGAGGAUGCGAGAGCGAAAGAGAGAGAGAGAGAGAAAGAGAGAGAGAGAGAGAGAGAGAGAGAGAGAGAGAAAGUAAUACAUAAACGCAGUAUUUCUAAGAGGUAUGUAAUGUUAAUAGUUAUUUAUUUUGUGAAUCUCGGAAUAGAGAUGAUUCAUUGCUCUGCUGUGCUAUGCGUUAUCAAUUAGGCACGUAGUCCUGUUAGGGAUAGGCGUUACCUUAUGCGUAGUGUUAGUUAUAUUUGUGUAAAUGUUUCACGUGGCAAAUUUCUUCCUUUUUGUAAUAUACUAGAAUAUUAAUUAUUUACAAAUUUUUGAAUCCUGAUUAUAUGUACUCCGACAGCGACCAGGGCCGCAUUAGCUGCCUAUGAUUAAGAUUAUAUCCCCGGCGUUCUUAGGGACGGUUUCGAACGCUAUUGUAAUAUUACACAUUGAUUAUACGAUUGCUAAAAAAGGAAAAAAAAAAUAAUAAAUGCGAUGUAAA